GUUUUGACUCACCAACUUGCAACGCAUCUAGGAGGGGUUUAUCUUUGUUUUGUGCAAGCACAUGCGUUUGUUGCUUUCUAUUUUUAGUUUCAUCCGCAUAAAGCAUGUGAUUUGUGCAAAAUUUAUGUUGUGUAAUGUGUUGUGAAUAAGGAUUUCGAUGAAGGUAAGUAAAAAAGUGUUUUUUUUUCUACAUAUUCAUAGAUUAGGUAUAAACACAACAAAAGGUACAUUUUCAAUUGCACUUAGAAAUUUGCUGUCCAGAUUGAGAGAAAAUUAAUGGGUAUUUUUUUAGAAUAAAAACUUGGUUUUUGUAGACACUGCACCAAUGUAUCUUAGCCGCAAAUUUGUUCUUUAUUUACCUUUGCAUUUAUGGUUAUAAUAAGCAGUGUUAAUACCUCGUAUUUCUCCUUCGACUUUAGUUUAAUAUUUUUUCAAGGUAAAUAAUAUAUCAUUUUCAUUAGCACUGCGCUUAUACGAAGUGCGUCAAAAAUAUUAUUUGGGGCAAACUCCUAGUGGCGGCGCACUUUGACAAAAUGCAUGAAGAUUUAUUUCAAUUCCACCUCGAAUUUCACACUUUAUCUGUAAUUAGGUCUUAAGUGCUAGUGAUACAUCCGAGGAUACAUCGGAUGUUACCACAGAUGUAUCUACCCCUUUUUCAAACAUUGCUUCUGUCCUUCAUUUCAGCGUGCUGACCUACCAUUUUGUGGCUUGACUAUGGGCUCGAAUAUGAAUAACGAACACACAACCAACAGUGCGUACCAAGGUACGGACGAAUUUGAGAAAGAAAUACCAGCAUUACCUCAAGAUUUAAAAAAUGUUUUAAAAAUUUCGGGUUAUUACAAUAUUGAAUCAUUAAGUAACAUUACAAACGAUGAUAUACAGGCAAUAGAACAGUUUGGAAGGGAGGAACUAACCAGUUUAAUAGACGAAGCCGAGUACGAGCAAUAUUUCGGAGUGUAUAAAAGAGUACCACAAAAGUUUAAACUAUUACCUGGUCAUAAGAAGUUGUUAAAAAUCGCAUCAGAGACACUUAAAAAAAAAUUAAACGAACAAAAAAAUAUUCAAAAGUUUCAAAAUCCAUUAAGUUCUCGACAACGUAAUUGCCCAAAAACUCAAGUGAGAGAGGAAGUUAUUGAUUUGCAUUUAGAAAAAAAUAAUUUAAGAAAAGAGCUCUUAAAAAAGUGCAAAGAUAUAAUUCAGGAAGCAACUUUAGAUUUAAACAAAAAAAGUGAAUAUCUUACCAGAUUGGACAAUAUUGAGGUAACUGUUCAAAUAGGGCACAAUGAUGACCUGUUUGGCACAGUCUGUUGUAUAUUAUGUCAAAAUAAAGUAAAACUUUUUUUUGAACAGCGAAAAAGUACUUGCGCUCCGCGGUGGUUAAGAGGAAAUUUCUACAAGCAUUUUAAAGCGCACUUUUACACCAAGAUCCCUGCCAACAAAUCAACUUUAGUGUCAAACGAAAUCGAGAAUGAAACGAAUUCCCAAGGCAAUUGUCGUCCAAAUAAAAAAUUUAAGACAAUGCUCAAUUAUUUAGAAAAACCCUCGGAAAACCCCAAAAUCGAUUUUUUAAGUGUGUCGGGCAUCGAAAAAAAUUCGAGUAAUACUAGUCACGUUGUUUCGCACAUCGAUUGUGAAUUUAAUCUCCAAUCAGAACCCAAACGUCCCAAACCAUCGUCAACAAUAACCUCGACAAUAACUAACGAUCAAACUCGUGAUCAACUAACGAAUCAACAAGCGUGCACUAAAAAAGUUAAUGUAAUACAAAAUGUGUUACUGAACACAAAGUCUGAUGAUACAGUGAAAUCUCGGGUGGAAUUUGAAAACAAAUCAGAGGAGAAUUUAAAAAUUCCAGAUCGAGCUGCAAAUUCAAGAAGUGACAGGAUCAAACGCAAAUUAUCUGUAAUACCUCAAAAUCAACCCUAUAUAACAACAUUUUUCCCUUAUGUAAAUAGCGUAGAGAAAGUGAUGCAAGAAAAUGCAGAAUUAAAAAGAUUAUUUUUGGAUAACUGUAAAAAAAUAAAUGUUUUUGAAAACCAUCCCAAUGAAAGUAGCGACGACGAGAAUAUCAAAGGUUUGUUAAAUUUGCUAAUCAAAACAGCCACAGCAAAUAACAAUAAUACAAAGAAAAGCAAUAAGUACAACCUCACCUUAAAGAAAUUCUCUAAUUAUCUAUUUAUCAUCGGAGGCAGAUUACUAUACGAGACUUUAUAUCUAAAUUUGAAUGGAGCUUUGCCUUCUAUAUCUACUGUACAACGUGAACUAUUCAAAAAUUGUUCCAUCGAAGAAGGUGUUCCAAGAAUCAAGCAGCUGAGUGAACAUCUAUCGAAACGCAAUUUUCCAAAAACAGUGUGGCUUAGUGAAGAUGGAACACGUAUUAAUGGCAGGAUCCAGUAUUGUGCAUCAACCGAUACAAAUGUGGGGUUUGUAUUACCUAUUAAUCCUAAUGGAUAUCCAAACAAUAUGGCAUUUAAAGCAACAUCAAUCCAGGAAGUUAAAAGACAGUUUCCGGAAGAGAGUAAGGCUAACUACACCUAUGCGUUGGUGGCCCAACCUCUUAUAGCUAAAAGUCCGCAAUUUUGUUAUUGUCUGUAUGGCACAGACAAUAGGUUCUCCUCCAGUGAUGUGCUUCAGCGAUGGAGAACCACAAUAGCUAUGGCCAAAGAUAAUGAAAUUGAAGUUCUUGGCAUGUCAUCUGAUGGGGACAGUAGAUUACUAAAGGUAAUGAAGUAUGUAACAAAGUUAUCUUCCGCGCAAAACAAUGAUGGAUGGCCGUGGUUUCAUGCUGAACUUAACAACAUUUUUCAAAAGAUGUGCACCGUUUAGUGCUAACUGAUAUUAAUUCUCAAGAUAAAAUGAAUUUCACCGCGGUGUUAAAAAUAUGUGAUGCAAAAGUAUUAGAUUUAUUAAAAAGUGCAGUUCCAAACAGCGAAGCGACUAUCUUAUAUUUGACUAUUGUAAAGAACGUUCUGGAUGCUUACAUGCAACAGGAUAUCAAAUUGGAUGAAAGAUUGUAUAAGAUAUGGUAUAGUGUAUUUAUACUACGAAUCUGGAGGCAGUGGAUUAAAGAAUCCGAUAUAUAUACAUUGAAAGACAAUUUUAUCACAUUAAAUAGCUAUACGUGCAUUGAAUUGAAUGCUCACGCCAUGAUUUUACUUAUCAGAAAAUUUGUUAGUGACAAUAAUUUGUCACCGAACAUGUUUCUUCCCCAUCUUAUGAGUAGUCAGCCUUGUGAGCAGCUAUUUAGAGCUACGAGAUCCAUGACCAGUACCUACUCUACUGUGGUGAAUUACAGCAUGUUAGAAAUUUUACAUAGGUUAAACCGUAUUCACUAUCUAGAAGAUGCAAAGCAUGAACUUCAAGGAAAUUUCAAUUUUCCCAAGAGAAUGAGAGUCAGCACUACAACUGAAACUUACUAUGAACCCAUGACUGAUUGUGAUAUAGAAGCUGUAGUAUUAAAGUCACAAAAAGACGCAAUACAUACUGCUGAGAAAAUGGGAAUCAUAAACUGCGACAGAUGGACAUCUAUGAUGGAGCUGAACAAGGUACAAAUAGAUGUAGAUUGUGACGAAAAAUCAAAUGCUGGUAAUGAAGAGGACGGCGACCGAAUCGAUGAUGUUGUGCAAUGCGAGGUGCCAUGUGACGAACAAAGUACGGAUACAUCAAACAAUAAUACAUUGAUAGAAGCGAUUCAAGAAAAUGGUGAUGAUGAUGUGGAUGCAGAGGACACUGAGGUAUUGAAGCAAUGCUUCGGCGAAUCGUUAGACUUAAAGGAUUACACAGAGAAGGUGGACCUAGAUACAAAUAAUCUAUCAGGAGGCCCGUAUUUAAAAGUGGUUUUGAAAAAUGGUGCCACUAAAACCGUAAAAAAAUCUUCAGUAUGUUGGAUGCUAAAUGAAAAUAUAUCAAGAUUGAGUGCUGACCGAUUAUAUAGGUUUAAAGGCCAAACGAAUAAAAAAAAUAUAGUGUUAAACAAAAAUAGAAAAUGUAUUAAAUAUGUAACCGAGGAUGAAAAAAACUCUAAAAAUCAAGUAAGGAAACGUAGAAGCCGAGAUAACAGCUCAUCAGAAUCGGAAUUGGAAAUUGAAAAUAUCGGCCUUCACGAUUCAGAAGACAUUUCAGAUGAAGAACCGAAAAAGAUAAGUAAAGUCAACGUAAACAUUUUGAAUGAACAUUACUAUGCUGUGAAGUACGAUGCUGCGUGGUAUAUAGGGAAAGUGGUCAAUGCAAAGAAAGAAGGGUUGGUGCAAGUGAAAUUUCUGAAAGAAAAUCUUCAACAUUUUUAUUGGCCUAAACAAGAGGACGUACAAAACGUGGAAGUGAUUCAAAUUUUUUACGGACCUAUAAAAAUGUUAGGUUCAAAACCUAUGAGUUUAUCGUGGUCAGACAGACAACAAAUUUGUAAUUUAUACAAAAAUUUAAAAAAAAGUUAAUUACUUAAACUUUACUUUGUUCCCUCGUUUGUUCCUAUCGUUAAUAUUAGAAUGUAUUCAAUAGGUAUCGAUAAGUAGAAACAGUGUUAUUUUGUUUUUUUUAAUGUCCAGUAAUUAUAUUUGAUUUUACAUUUUUUUAAUAGAAGCAUACCUGUUUUUUUUAGUACGUUUUAUUUUGAAAUACUCGUGCGCAAUGUGGUAAGUAUUGUUUUGUUAUUUACGUUUCUACAAAUUGGAAAUCAAAUCCUCAUUUUUUAAACAUUAUACAUAUACCUAUUAUCACCAAUCUAAAAAAAUCCGGAAAUUCAAAUGAAAUCCAUGAGAUACAGAAGAUUAAGUAUAUUGCGAUCCAGAGGAGAUCCGAGGAAAUUCGGGGGAGAUUUGAGGAGAUCCGAGGAGAUUUGGAGGAGAUCCAAGGAAAUUUGAGGGAGAUCCAGGUGAUUUGGUGGAGAUCCAAGGAGAUUCGGAGGAGAUCCGAGGAGAUACAGGAGAUUUGGAGGAAAUCCGAGGAGAUUUUGUGAGGAGGCAAUCUUUCGUACCAAAUAAUGUGUAGUGAAUAACCCCUCGAUAAUGAUCAAUUUAUUCAAAUAUACAAAUAUUGUCGAGAUUUGUGGAAUUUAUCAGGGAAAUGAAAAGCCACACAGUUCUAAUGAUUUUAUGUUAGAUUUUGUUAUGGAGGCAAUUGAAUUAAUAAAUAAUGGUUUUUUCUACAAUACAAUUUGUUAUAAUGUAAAAAUAAUUGCAUUUAUAUGUGAUGUGCCUGCGAAAUCAUUCUUAAAAUGUAUAAAGGGGCAUAGUGGAUAUAUGUCGUGUACUAAAUGUAACAUCGAAGGAUCUUAUAUUGAAAAUCGAACAUGCUUUCCAAGCUUAGAGGGGUGGAAUUUAAGAACAGAUUCAGGUUUUCGAAUGAAAGAACAAAGCAGUCAUCAUAUUGAAACGACUAUUUUAGAAUCUAUUCCCUGUGUCGAUAUGAUUAAGUCGUUCCCCAUUGACUACAUGCAUUUGGUGUGCUUAGGUGUUACAAAAAAACUUCUAAAUAACUUAUGGCUCUGUGGUAAACCACCUCAUCGUUUUUCAUCACAACAAAUUAAAAAUUUGUCAGAUCAUUAUCUCACAUUUAAAAACCAAAUACCUUAUGAGUUUAUGAGAAAGCCAAGGUCAUUUCUGGAAGUCAAAAGGUGGAAGGCUACAGAAUUUCGUUUAUUUCUGUUUUACCUGGGUCCUAUAAUAUUAAGAAAAAGAGUCUCAGAUGAAAUAUAUGAAAACUUUUUGACCCUCCAUGUAUCAAUGACAUUACUGUCAAAGUGUGAUAAUUUACUGUAUGCUAAGCAGUUACUUAGACAUUUUGUACUAACUUACACAAUGCUUUAUGGAGAAGCAAAUGUUUCCCAUAAUAUACAUAACUUGCUUCAUCUUACUGAUGAUGUUGAAAUAUUUGGCAGUGUUGAAAACUUUAGUACAUUUCCAUUUGAAAAUAAGAUGAUGUAUAUAAAAAAACUAAUUCGUAAAGGUGAUAAAACCGCUGCAGCAAAUCGUUAAUAGAAUAUCCGAAAAAACACACAAAUUCUAUUUAAUGAUAGCAAAACAAUUACGUAUCCAAAGUUCCAAAUUGAACAUUCGAAAGGUCCACUAAUGGAAAAUAUAUCUGGCGAUAGAUGGCAACAAUUUGAAAAAAUUGUGUUUGAAAAGUUCUUAUUAUCAAUACAAGAUGCUGAUAAUUGCUGUGCACUUAUUGACAAAAGUGUGGUCAUUAUUAGAAACAUUAUAUUCCUAUGGCGUCUCCAAAUAAUACAUGGACUGUGGUGUGUUUCACCAAUGAUGAAACGGUGGAGGCAGUUCCGACAAAAUGGUUAAGUGGAGAUCAGUGCUUAUGGCCAGUGGUAACUAGAGACAAAUUAAAUACCUACAUAAGAAAAUGUGAAUUUAAUUCAUGUUGGCCAUCACACACUGUGAGAACAUUUCGGAAUGCAACAUAUGAUAAUUACUCUGUUGCGAGGAGCAAAGCUAAUAAAGCUGAAAAUACAAGUGACCUGAACACAGAUUGUGAUGAUGGUCCUUUAUCAGGAAAAAGGAAAAGAAAGAAAAAAGUGAUCUCUUCAUCUUCAGACGACUCAUCAGACACUGAAUCUAUGAAUGAGAAGCGGGCCAAUAAAGGUAAAAUGCCUUCUCCACCAGCAUGGACUGAUGAUGAACAUCGGACUCACAAAGAUUCACAUCAGUUAGCUGAACCAGAAGCAUGCAUAGAUGAACUUGAGGAACAGGUGGUUGUGGUACCACCUGUUAUUGAAUCAUUACCUUCAACCUCGAUUGCCCCUAGCCAACAAGAAAAUGAAAUUAACAAUAUCACACCACGAAAGCCUAUAGACUCCAUUAAGGAAAAUAUAAGAAGGGCAGACCGAACAAAAUGUUGUUGCAAUCCAGCUUUACUAUACAACAUUCAGGCAUUACUUAUCGAAAUCAAUAACAAGCUGAACAGUGUACCUAGGAAAGCUGAGGAAAAUGAAGAAAAUAUCAUUCGGAAAUCCGGAAUUAGUUUUCCUAUGGAAACUAUUCAGGAAUUCGACAAAUUUGAGAAAUUCUUUUCGGCAAGAGAAAAUUAUUUAGCUUUGGUUGGAUUUUUCUCAUCUAUUGGAGGAGCUAAUUUAUAUGAAUUUGUACGUAGAUGCCUUGCUCCUCUACUAUGGGAUGGAUUAUCGGAACAGUUUUCCUUCUUUGGAAAAAAAGGAAAUCUUUCCUUUGGGGAUAAAAAUUUGGCAAAAAUAAAGCCGCUGAAAAAGGUGGACAUGCAAAAAAUAAAAAGGAAGUUGAGCAGAAACUGGGGGAUUGGCUGCGAAGAUCUAAGGAACGACGCAUUCGGGCAGAACAUAAACGUGCAACAAAAAAAUAAGAAUUUAGGUGCUAUUGGAAACUUGAGUAUCCCAAACACCAUUAUAGAAUAUUAAGGCAGAGGGCAAUUUGUUGUUUAAGAGAAUAUUUUGUUUUUUACAUGUUUUCUGUAAAUACUUUGUAUCAAACUCC